AUGGGGCAGAGCACUUCUGCCCACCCUGGGCUCUGCCAGGGCUACAGCCACUGUCCCAGGCGCCGGGCUCCAGGGUCCCCAGGGUCCCCAGGGAGACUCCACCCGGCCUGCUCUCAGGAGCCUCACAGUCCUUCCAGUGCCGAGGCACCUUACUGCGACCUGCCCUGCUGCCCGCCGGCCCCUCAGGACCCACUUGGAACCACCACCUGUGCUGGCCACUCUGUGGAAGGCCUUGACCUCAGGCAGGGCCCUCAGAGGGGCUGGUCCCCAACAGCAGCUCUCCCUGCGGAGGGCCCUGCAACAGCCCCAAGGAACAGGCACCAGGACCCUGAGGCAUUACCCUAUCUGGAGGGCCUGGCCUAUAGUAGCUGUGACAACGAGGGCGCCAACUCUGACACCAGCUCCAGCCAGUACAGCAGUAUCCCUCAUGAGACCAGUAAUUCUUCCUCUGUGGAUUGGGACACUGUUGAGAGGCCAGGGGUGGUCUCCAACGCGUACAGACUCAACGUGAUGAUUCCGAGGAGGCCUCAGGAGGGGUUGAGAGCUGACAGUGCUCGGAGGGUCACCAAGUCCCCUGCCAGAGGGGACACAGCAGGCCAGAGAAAGGAAGAUUCCGGCAGUGGGGGACAGGGUGCUGGCCAGCACUGGGCGAAGCUGCGGGCAGAAAGCGGCUACUUCUCCUUGGAGCGACGUCGCGCAGGGCAAACCCAGGCUUCUUCUGGGACACCACUGAGUGGGCCUCGGACCACCACCCAGGCUGCUUCUGCUCAAAGGGAUGUCUUCCAGGAUGUUUCUGCACCAGAAACCUCCCAAGUUCCCUCUCUAUCCCGUAACACCCAAAGAGACACCCCCAGGAGCUUAGUCACACAGAGGAAUAGCCCCGGAACGUCCUCUCCUUCAAGAGUUUCCCAAAGGGACAUUCAUAGAACCAUGUCCACCCAGCAAAACAGCACUCCACUUUCCUCUGCUCUCAGAGCCACUUCAGAGAGCCUCAAGACCUCUACACCCAAAGAUGGCCCCCACAUUGCAUCAUCUCCUUGUGCCCAAGCCUCCUCUGUCAACAGAACUACCCAACGGGACAACCCCAGGACUCCCUGUGCCCAGAGGGACAACCCCAGAACCUCUUCUCCCAACAGAACCACCCAACGGGACAACCCCAGGACUUCCUACAUACCACAGAACACCCCCAGGACCCCUUCUACCCAAGGAGACAAGACUACAGCCUCCUGCAGUAGAUGGGAACAUCUCCGAAGUGCCUGUACCCAAAAGGACAACCCAGGACCAUCAUCUCCCCGCCGUGCCACUCAGGGCAAUAGCUCCAGGAACCCUUCUCCCCACCGUACCAACAAAGAUAUCCCUUGGGCCUCCUUUCCCCUUCGGCCGACCCAGAGUGGUGGUCCUCGAACCUCAUCUCCACCUCGCACCAAACAAAAUCAGGUGCCUUGGGCAUCCAUUUCUCUCCGACCAACCCAAGUGGACAGGCCUCAGACUUCAGCUCCUACCAAACUAGCCCACCACGACCCUCCCCAACACUAUUCCCCAUCCUUAGCCUCCUCCUCUCAUAACCCAGGCCAUCCCAGUGCUUCUCGGACUUCAUCACCUCUGCACCCAGCACGAGGGGCUCCGCAGACUGCUUCAGAGCCCUUCCAGCCACCGUGCGCUGUAUGCAUUGGGCACAGGGAUGCACCUCGCGCCUCUUCGCCCCCUCGCUAUUUUCAGUAUGACCCUUUCCCCUUUUUUCCAGAUCCCCGCUCCUCUGAGAGCGAAUCGCCCCACCACGAACCCCCCUACAUGCCACCUGCAGUGUGUAUUGGGCACCGUGAUGCCCCCUGGGCCACUUCACCACCUCGUCAUGCCCAGUUCGAUCCCUUCCCCUUCCUCCCAGACACGUCAGAUGCUGAGAACGAGUCCCCUCAGCAUGAUCCCCCACAAUUUCCCCCACCAGUGUGUAUUGGGUACCGUGAUGCCCCCCGGGCCUCUUCCCCACCACGCCAGUUCCCAGAGCCCUCCUUCUUCCAGGAUCUCCCCAGGGCCAGCACAGAGAGCCUGGUCCCUUCCACAGACUCUCUGCAUGAGCCUCCCCACAUCCCCACUCCUGUAUGUAUUGGACACAGAGAUGCCCCCUCCUUUUCCUCCCCACCACGCCAGGCCCCUGAGCCUUCCCUCUUUUUCCAGGAUCCUCCUGGGACCAGUAUGGAGAGCCUUGCCCCUUCUAUUGACUCUCUGCAUGGUUCCCCACUGCUGCUCCCCCAAGUAUGCAUAGGUUAUCGGGAUGCACCCAGAGCUUCCUCUCCUCCCCGUCACCCGCCCAGUGAUUUAGGUCUCCUGGCCCCCUCCCCUCCCCCAGGUAGCUCAGGUUCUCGGGGCUCAGCACCCCCAGGGGAAACCAGACACAACCUGGAAAGGGAGGAGUACACCAAGCUGGCUGACCUGCCCCCACCCAGGAGGCUGGCCCAGAGGGGGCCAGAGCCCCAGGCACAGGGCAGCAACGAGGGCCGUACCCGCAGCCCUGGCCGGGCAGAGGUGGAGCGCCUCUUCGGGCAAGAGCGCAGGUGA